CUAGCUGAAGCACGCAACAUUUGUUAGAUUCGUCAACCAUGGCAGAUGAACAAUUUCAAGCAAGUGGAAAUUGGUGGGACACAGCAAGAAACGUGAGGUAUGAAAGUGGGGCAUCACAAUCAUCUUCCUCUGCCAUCACCAACAUAGGCACUUUUGCUUGGCAACAAGCUUCAGAUAUGGCAGACAUGAAACCAAGGUCUUCUUUGGAUUCCUCUUCGGUGGUUUUCCAUGACACACAGAAUAAGCUUCAACCACCAGAUUCUUCCACUUCCACUGACCCCAACUUGCAUAUGAUGGGUUUGGGCCUUUCAUCCCAAGCCAUGGAAUGGAAUCAAGCAUCCUUGUUGCGAGGAGAGAAGGGUACUGAGAACAGUUUCAGGUCUAUGUUGCAAGAUAAUUUGGGGUCCUCAAGAACCAAUUUUCAGCAAGAAACUGGGAUGGGGUUGUCUCAACAAGUUCAAUGGAGGCCAGAGAAGUUGUUCACUGCAGAGUCUUCAACUAAUGAGUUCAAGCAAGUGAAUAGGGGUUUCUCUUUGGAUCAAAACCAGUUUAGUCCUCAAUAUAGCUCUGGGAAUAGCACUGGCACAAGCCAAGGGUUACCCUCUACUACUAAUUUUCAGAUGGAUUCUUCAGCCUUAUAUGGAACCCCUUCAAUAUUACAAGGAGUACUAUUGGGACCUGACAACAAUAAUAAUCAACAACAACAACAACAAGCUUCUUCCUUUGAGAAUCGCACCAUGAGUUUUCCUUAUCCAACAAGCUAUGGAUUGAACACUAAUGAGUUGAUACCUUCUUGGUCUAAAGUUCCUCAGUUCUUGAGAACUUCACCUCCAAAACAACAACCACCCAAUAACCAGUUGCAUUUCACUAACAACGCACCCUUUUGGAACGCUUCUGAGGCUGCAAACAUCAAAGAUGUUCGCUCCAGCUUUUUCCCCUCAUUGCAACCCGCCUUCUCGACACCAAAUUUUGAUGCACAAUCAAAGAAUAUAUCUGAAGUCAGAGACUCGGGUACAGUGGUAAAGAAAAGUGGGAAUGAGCCAGCACCCAAAAGGACCCGUAACGAAACCCCAUCUCCUUUGCCAGCUUUUAAGGUGAGAAAAGAGAAGAUGGGGGACAGAAUCACUGCACUCCAACAAUUAGUGUCGCCUUUCGGAAAGACUGAUACAGCCUCAGUGCUCUCUGAAGCGAUUGAAUACAUCAAAUUCCUUCACGAACAGGUUACUGCUUUAAGCACCCCGUACAUGAAAACUGGAGCUCAAGUACAGAUUCAACAGAAUUCAGGCAAAUCUAAGGAAGCUGAAGGUCCAAAGCAAGAUCUUAGAAGCCGAGGGCUUUGCUUGGUGCCGGUUUCUAGUACAUUUCCAGUGACUCAUGAAACCACAGUUGAUUUUUGGACACCAACAUUCGGAGGAACUUCAAGAUAAUAAUAAUAAAUAAUAAUGGAUGGAGAAUUGUGGCACGGAACCAAAACUUUGCAAGUAGCUAGAGCUAGGACAUGCAUGUACCUUAUCACACCUGGCCAAGUUGGGAAUCAUAUGAUGAAAGAAAAGAGAAACAUGAAAGAGGACACGGAAGCCCACAUAAAUAUGUAAAGUUAGUUAGUUCAGAGGGGUGUGUGGAAAAAAGAUAAUAAAAAGAGUGAUGGGGGAAAAAUAUGUUGAAAGAGAAAGAAAGGGAAAUGACCCUUCAAAAGAUAGGCAUUGUUGGGCCAACUACAUUCAGAAUUAUGCAAGGUUUGGCAUUAUUGGGACCAUUGGCAGCACAAUAAGUUUUUGUAAUAAUUGAAGAAUUAUGCUUAGAAUAGUGGGAUUAAUUAGGAAUGACAAAAUUGCUGAAUAUAGGGAAAGCUCUUACUUCUUAGACUAAACAAGAGGGAGAAAUUGUUGUUAGUAGAAGAAGAUAAAGGAGCUUUAUUAAUUUCUUCUUUGUUAUAUUGUGAAUAGAGC